AUGGGGAGCUGCUACAGCAGCGAGAACGAGGACUCGGGGCAGGACCGAGAGGAGCGGAAGCUGCUGCUGGACCCUAGCAGCCCACCCAGCAAAGCCCUCAAUGGAGCCGAGCCCAACUAUCACAGCCUGCCUUCCGCUCGCACCGAUGAGCAGGCGCUGCUCUCCUCCAUCCUCGCCAAGACAGCCAGCAACAUCAUCGACGUGUCUGCUGCAGACUCCCAGGGCAUGGAGCAGCACGAGUACAUGGACCGGGCGAGGCAGUACAGCACCCGCCUGGCUGUGCUGAGCAGCAGCCUGACCCAUUGGAAGAAGCUGCCGCCGCUGCCGUCCCUCACCAGCCAGCCUCACCAAGUGCUGGCCAGCGAGCCUGUCCCCUUCGCCGACUUGCAGCAGGUCUCCAGGAUAGCUGCUUAUGCCUACAGUGCACUUUCUCAGAUCCGUGUGGACGCAAAAGAGGAGCUGGUUGUACAGUUUGGGAUUCCAUGA